CCAAAUAAUAGUAAUUAAAGUUGGUCUAUUUCAAUAUGUCAUCAGAUCCCAGCUGUUACCCUUAUGCUUUGAUCGAAAGAAGACAGUUUCUGUCCUGGUAUUAAUGUUUGAAACUCCGGACUGAAGCUGAAGGAAGUGAAAAUGAGCUGCUGAUUCAGACUGAUGUCUGGGCUGAGCUGAGGAUUUUGAGAGACAUGGUGGUGGAGCAGAAAGUAGAGCUGAGGCACCUGAUAUCCAGAGUAGCUGCUGCUGAGAGCCUGGUGGAUGCCUUGGAGAAGGAGAAUUUAGCCAUGGAGGCCAGGAUGACUGCUGCUGAGAGCUUGGCAGCGGAACUACAGAUGCAGAAUAAUGCUCAAGCUACAGAGCUUGCAGUUGCUCAGAAGGAGCUCAGCACUCUGCAGCAAAGAGUGACAGUCAGUGAGGCACGUGUGGAGGAGCUGGAGAAACAACACGAAGUUCAAGCUACAGAGCUUGCAGUCGCUCAGCAGGAGCUCAGCACUCUGCAGCUGAGACUGACAGUCAGUGAGGGCCUAAUCAAGGAACUGGAGAAACAGCAGGAAGGACAAAAGGUGGACAUCCAGGAACUUCAAAAUACCAACAGAGUGAAGAAACUGGCUUUUUCUGUCUCCCUUCUGGCAUCUGGUGAGGGUAACACAUGCCAAGAAGGUGCUCCACUCCUCUACAAAAAUGUGUUUUCCAACAUUGGAAACUACUACAACCCAGACACAGGUUACUUCACUGCACCAGUGCGAGGAGUGUAUUACUUCAGAUUUACUGGCCAUGUAGCACACUCUGAUUUCAGUAUGGGAUUGCAACUUUUCAUGAAUGAACAUCUUAUAGUGACAGCAGCUGACCGUUACACCCAACCAACAGAUGUUGAGGACAAUGCAUCCAACGGUGUGGUGUUGCAGUUAGAAGUGGGUGAUGUUGUUUCAGUAAAACUUUGGGGAAAAGUUUGGGACGAUCAUUACCACAGAACAACCUUCAGUGGCUUUCUGCUCUUUCCUUUACAAGACACUACCAUUGCCAACAUGAGAGGUUAUGCAGGGCCCAAAUUUUGAUAUUUCACCAAAUAACACGUCUUGGUAACAAUACAAAAAGUGCAUAAAAUAAUAAAUAAUACAAGUUUGAUGA